UAGCAGCCAGAUGGACCUCAGAAAAUUUGCACCUUUUGUCUUUGUCCUAAACCUGGGGAUUCUCCCUCUAACUGUAAAAGGUAUGCCACUCUUCUUUUCAUCGUAGGCUGUUGUAAUCAGCAUUUGUACGUUCUUAUACCUAACAAUAGGCAAAUAUUACCUUUUUCCUUGUAACAUAGUUGAAAAUUGCUAAAAUUUCAAUUCCUGAAAAGCAGUUCAUCUCGGUCGAAGACUUUUUAUUUUGUUAUUUAUUUUUUAAGGAACGCGACAUGUACUUAUUUAGACCUCAUAUAAAGACAGAAGGUCUGACAGCUAAUAUUUUUUAAUUUCUUAGUUCUUCUGAUUUACAACUUUGGAGAACACAACAAGUCCCUCCCUCUCGUUUAAGUGACUAACUCAGUGCUCGAGCUUGCGACUAGAGUACGGUCCAAGUCUCUGAUCGAUGAAUUUUUCCAUCUCAUUUAAUGUGCCAGUUUCUAUACAUUCCACGAUCUCGAGAAAAUGAUUAUAUUACAAAGUUUUCGAUGGACUAAUUUGUUUGUUGUAACUCGGUUCUCCAAAAUAGUACAGUCUGUUCCCGUCAGCGGGCUACCACUUGGAUUGAAGGAAAACGAAACAAAAUUUUAAACACAGACAGGUGAUUGAUUCUUGAUACGAUAUUUCAUAUCCCCAAAAGACCUACAGUGUGAAGAUUUCAAAUCUAGAACAUAAGAUUUUGAUAGUGGGGUGAGAUCUCUGAAAAUAAACCUGCCCCUUACACUCCACACCCACAUUCUGAUGCAACGAGAAAGUUUUAAUCCAUUUCAAACUUUUGAAGACCAUAGUGAUAUCUGGCAGUUCAUCAAACCACCUUUUACAGAAAACCUUAAACGAGUUUUUAUUCUUUGAUUUUCCUAUUUUGGAAUCAGUCAUUUCCGCGCUUCUACCGACGUUCAUAUUUCCUAAUCCGUGCAGCUCUGUUUUAAUCCAAUCAGAGAUGACUGUCAUUCGCGGGCUACCCUUUUGGUGCAAGGAACCGAGCUUACUCGACACAUUGCGUGCGCGCGCGUAGCAAAACGGUAAUUUGAUUAAUCUAGGUAUUUAGAGUUGCUCUCAACAAGUGGAGUAACUGAACAUGAACGAAAAAGGAGCUAGGGGAGAUAAAAUUGGACUUAAAACAAAUCUAAAGAGAGUUAUUACAGUAGCUAUUGUCCGAGUUUGCCAUUUGGACCGCCGCGAUCUUUAUCAAAUAUUGUCCAAAUCAAGAGUGAAACAUUGAAAUAUGAUGAUAAAGGUAAAGCAAAAACAAUAUAAAAACUAGAUGAUAUCAAAAUUUGCAUAAAGACACUUACCUCCAAGGCGAGAAUGCCAUUCGCCAAAUUGUUCAGUACAAUUUCAGAAAAGCAUGAGCAUUAAGGGGGGGGGGGGGGGGUGACCAAGGAAAUCGGUGGUUCAGUCCGCCUGCCAAUAUGACGUCACACAUCUCGCGCCAGUGACUUUCAAAAUGGCGAGCAAAGUGUUCAUCGAAGAGACAGAUAAAAAUUUCGAAUUUAUCACGGAAUUACUGUUCCGAUUUCUUGGAUUUGGAGAUUUUAAGGUCCCUCUUGUCAUAGAAAACUGGACUUUUUUGGAAUGAAACGUCCACUGGUGUAAGAAAUUUUAAAGAUUCCUUUCUAUCGUUGAGCAAAUUUUACGAGCAAUCAUACGGACCGGUCACAUUUUUGAGGGCCAGUGCACAGCAAGAUUGAGGAAUUUAGACACAGCAGUAGGAAGUUCAUCAAAGGAUCAAUUAUACUUUACAUUGUGCGUAUUUUCAGCUGUUCACAGCUAGUGGAACCCCAUAUCAAUCCUUUCAAAGUUCGCUUAGCUGUAGCGUUGAAAGAGGAAGCUACAUGACAGAUAUUUUUGAGAGACCGUGAGCGUUGAAUCUUGUUGCUUUAACAUAUUUUCAUACUGUACUGGGCAUACACCUGUAAUUCUGUAAUUAAAUCCCGAAAACCAAUAAAAGGGUUCUUUUAAUUAUUUUUUGGGGCCAAACCCAGUGGAGAUUUUAGGGUAAUAUAUUGAUAAUUAAGACGAUGUGCAAAAGGCAGGUCUAAAUUUCGCCAGUAGAUCACCGGUGGUUGUUGGGUGUAAACUAGUACAGUCUUGUGGUGUACUUUGUGUUGUUUGUCAUGAUGUCAAGUAACAUUGAAAAAAAUCAGCUGUUUGAGAGGAGAGGGGACAUAAGUUGACAGCUUGUAGUUUUUUCUGGCCGUAAGCUUGGCCAGUAUGCAGAUCAAGAACUCUUGAAAUUCCUUUUCCAAAAUAAUACUCCGGACUUAAGCUUAAAAUAUAUAUUGAUCCAAGUGCAUGACCAGCAAGGUCAGCAGUAAGAAUAAAGAAAAACAGGCGAAAAGGAAAAACCAAGACUAAACAGAAAAAAAAAUAAACACGGUACAAACAAACAGAAAACAGCGUCGCCGGGAGUCGAACCCGGUAUAUCUGCACGUACGAGCAACUCCUUGACUACUGCACCACAGUGACACACAUGUUUUAGAAACCAUUUUUUAGCCUAACAUCGACGCUGUUUCAAGCUGGGGGAGCUGUAAUUAUGAUGAAUUCAAAUAUACAUUGAUUUGAAGAAAAUUAGCUUAAGCGCGUAUUUCGAAGCCCGCACUCGAAAGGAUUGACAUGAGGUGAGGCCCGUUUAAUUAGCAAAAGAAUAGAUGAAAUAUUAAUAUGUCAGGAGCCGAUUACUGAUAUGUGUGAUCUGUGAAUGGAACCUCCUAUUCUGGAGACUAGACCUUGCCCAUUUUAGAGAAAAAAGAGAUUUAAGUUUUGAUGACCUUACCGGUCCCAUAAAAAAGACGGCGAUCCCUCAGCACGGCCCGCAAAACAAAUUAACAAAAUUAUACAAUUAGUGUAUGAGCUAAGGGCAGUGUCGGUACCAUAUUGAUGGACAAACAGUACUGUGGUUUUUACCGACACAAAAUAUCAAAACGGUUUAAACAAGCAGAUUAUAGCAACACCAAAGCUCACACACAUUCGAUCAAAUUAGCGAUAUAUAGCGAUAUCUGAUAGCUUCUUAGCUUUUCCUCGACCUCGCUCGUGCUAAUAACUGUCGUAUCCAUUGCUAAUUUGCACAAGCGACCCAAGGCUCUUGCCCGUUACUCUGUGACGUCAUACUGGCAGGCAGAGUGGGUCAAGAAACUUAGGAAUAAAACAAUAGAGUUACUUUCCCUCCCCCCCUUGAUGCUGAGUAAUUGAAAUGAAAAUUAUCUGUAUAUAUAAACUUCUUCUUCCUAAAUUUUCUUCACAUAACGACAAGGCAAAGAUUUUACACCUCGCCUGGAAAUGAAAAGUGAAAAAAUGCUAGGCUACGUUUUUUAAGCGCAUAUUUCUUUUCCCUAUGACGCCAAAGUAGAGUCGCUUAUUACCCUCUAGACAUGAACCGUAGGCCAAGCUACGUUUUUACAGCGCUAUUUAAAUGAAAAGAAAAGUCACAAAGCCCUUGCAAAAGAACAGCUUUUUGUGAUAUUUAACUAUAUUUCUUUCAAACUGAACUUCACUAAAUGAAGAAGAAUUAAUUUUCUGUCCUCACAUUUUAAUAACACACGAAAGUUGUUUAUCUCUCCUCGCCUUUCAAAUAAACACAGACACACCCCUAGCCUCUCUUCAUUUCUUUUCUACCAACACUCCGUCUCGUUCCAUCCCAUACCUACACUACAUUGAGACAUUUUUUUUCUAUUUUACAGGCAUUUCCUAUCAGGUUGGAAAACUGAACGCAUCAGAGACACGUCAAGGAUGGAAUUGCAACAGUGGAUGUGAGGCGCCACAACAUUGUACACUGCCACGCUGCACUAACGUGAUAUUUCCGCAAACGUUUAGUGGAUCUGGAACAGUAAGUAAACACUAAGCAAUUAAAAAUUACCGUAUUUCUUCAAAUAAUAGCCUCGAGCGAUUAUUCGAGGGAGGCGAUUAUUUCAAAUAUUGGUCACUGGAAGUCGAUCCCUAAAUAUUUUAUUUUGUUACCCGUUAAAUAAAAAUAUAGAAAUAAUCACAUCAAAAUAUACUAAACAUGGACUUUAUAAGUUUUCAGAAGAUGGUUCCUUGUCAGGAGCAAUCCUGUUCCUUGGUUAUUUUUCGGUUUCAAUAUCCUUGGCGUUAGAGCUUGAAUCGUCACUGAUCAGUUUUGCUGGAUGAGAUUCCACUUCAGCUUUGUUUGUUUUUUUAACUCGACAGGGAGGGGGUAAAGAAAGAGAAGAUAGCGAGAAGGGUGGGGGUUAGGGGCGAUUAUUUGAGGGAGGCGAUUAAUCGAGGGACGGCUAUUUUUCGAGGAUAUACAGUAGUCUAAUCUUAAGGGUUGGUGGCAACUUUCAUGUGUUAGCAGAACACAAUAAGCUUCUCUAGAAACUAAUGUUUUUAACAAAUUUUGAUUUGCCAGCAUAGCGGCCUUUGUAAUGUUAUGACCUCAGACAAUUUAGUGCGCAUAGGUGUGCUCAAGUGCUCCCUAAUCCCUAGGAUGCGAGUGUUCUCAAACAGAACAAAACAAGACAAAACAAAAAAUCCAGAGAAUUCUGACAAUAAAAAUAGGCUAGAAGAUCUUUAAUCCUUGGAAUGGGGCCGGGAAUGGAGGGUUGAAUUAGAUCCUCUUUUUCUUCAGAUUUAGUGUGAGGAGUGCACACGCGCACGAGCAUUGAAACCACCAGACGCAGGCGAGAAACGAGGGCGGCAGUCUCGCCCCUUCAGUCACGCGCGUGGUCAUUUUCGUUUCUCGCUCGUUUCGCACGACAGACAGAUCAACAGUCGGGAAUAUCCCUAAGUUUAAGGACAGGGCCAAAUGGUCACGCGACACUGUUCAACCAAGUAGAAGGUGGGCUUGUGUUUAUCAAAACAUCGACCAAGUGAUCAAAAAUUUUCACAACAGCGGGCAGAGUCGGACAGAUUUUAAGAUAAGCCAGGGGCCCAUAACCUGGAUAAGCUUACAAUACUCGGCUAGGUUUCACAUUAUUUCAAAGAAAACAAUUGAUGUAAGAGAAUAAGAGUAUUAUUCAUUGCAAGGAAUCAUUGGGGUGUUCGAACUGAUUCUGGACCGAUCGCAGAGGUCGUGGCUUCACUGACUUGGCUUGCAAGAUUUUUGAUAGAAGCAAACUUGAAAAUUUGUUGAGAUCGUACAAAACAGGAAUGGUACUACCUAUUAACUUCUACAGAACAAGAAUCAAAGAACCAGUCAUGAUAACAAGAAUAAGAAGUAGUUCAAAUUUAUUAAUUUUCCCUUUUGUUUUUUUGUGUUGUUUCGUGUUGACUUCCCGCAUCUGGUGCUUUCUUUGCUUGUUGUCGUACCUGCAAUGUUUUAAUUUCAUCCCAGAUAAUCAGUGCAUGUUUAAUGUGUAGCGAAUUACAUCAUUUACAGUUGAAAUUUGUCUUCUUUCUUUGAUUUUUUUAACUGUGGAUGAACAUUUGGAGAAUCCAACAACAAUAAAUCUUUCCUGAUUUGGUGAAUUUCAGAAACAAAGCGUUUAAUAACUACCUUGCGCUUAUGAUCUUUAAUUUUAUCCCCGCAAAUUCGGCAAAGUGAGGCGAGAUGCAUGUUGGACGUGAAUAUCCAUAAGACUAAUAAAGUUGUUUUGGCCUUGAAAAGAAAAAAGGCAAAGGCUCGAAUUAAUGCGAAAAAAAGUAGUAACACGGCUCUUCCAUGUCUGUGUGAAACCUGGGAGUGGAACACGUUCGAUCUCACGCAUCAAGGACAAUUUCUCACAUCUGACUCUCAAAUACGGACAAAUUGUUCUUAGCACAUGAUGACUGUGUCCUUUUUUGUGUUCUAACGAAAUCAUAUCAAAGCACGCUAAAAGUGUCGUCUUUUAAGUAGCUUCGAAAGUGCUCAAACGUCAGGUCUUCUAGCACAUUUGAGGACAUUUAACUUUCGGCAACGUUCGGAAGUCUUCGGUAAUUCGUCGGAAAUCUUUGGAAGUCGCCGGGACGUUUCGUGAAAUCUUGGUUAUGACAAGGUGAAAAUCUCACGCAUUUGACUCAGGCAGGUAUAAUAUUGGGACGUAGAUCGUAAGAAGACCAAGAAAACCGUCUCUGAAUCAUCUCAGUAAAACCCUGCAAUUGCCUUUGUAAUGCCCUCAUUCUGAGCAGCCAUCGUAUGCUGGUGCGUUCUCAGAGAAACGUAAAUUUGAAAUCAUAGGUCAUUUGCAGAUGGUACAUGACACACAUGAGAUUUUAAGCAUCUUGCUGCUAAGAUUACGCCUAAAAACGCUCAUUUGAUCACAUUAUACGAUGAAAAGAGUGGAACAAUGCUAUUCAAGGCCUUAAGAACAAGUUUUUGUAGAAAAUAAGGGACAAGCAGGUCCUUUGUCAGUUGACAGUAAAACCCAAGGCAAAUGUCAGUAGUCAGUUAAAUUUUCGGCUAUUUAUGAGUUGUCAGUCGUCAGUUAACCCAAUCCAGACCCUCUUCUAGGUUGUCUACUAUCCCCACAUUCAACGUGAUAAACGUUAAUGGAUAUGACAAUUGAGGAAAAAUAUCUAGAACUUCGUAAAAAUCUGUAAAUCGAAAAAAAUUAUAGAUACUUGUUCACCUACCUUGAAAACCGACCAAAAUCUCGCCUACAUCGUGUUGUUUAAAAGAAGAAAUAAGGCACAAAAUGUGCUGAAUAUUUCACGAGAAACUUCCAAUAUGGCUUUCGAUACGCUUUCCACUUGAAAAAAUUGUGUAUGCCUCAUGAAAAGUCUUACAAAUAUGCCUGAGAGUCUCGAAACGGUGACUGUGGUCGUUUAGGUAAUCUAUCCGCCAUUUUUCUCGAGAACAAUAGCUCCAUGACGUCACAACUGCCUUUAAAUGUAUUCCGUACUGAUCAAGUUAGAAGAAAAAAGAGAGACUGCUCGUAACCUAGGGUUGAAUUGUCGCCUGCAAAUUUUCAUUCAGAUGCUUAUCUUGUCAGGUUCGAGUUUUUGUGUCAUUAAGCCACGAAGAUCAGUCUUCAGUUGUUCAUUCGCCUUCUGCUGUGUGGGCAGAGUCCAUAAGUACAGCAGGAUUUCAGUUAUGCUCGCGUGCAACAGGUUCUACAAAUGACACUGGAAUUAUCAACUGGGUAGCGUUUCAGGACAAACCCAUGUUAACGCAUGGAAGCGUUACAUUUAGUGGAAUAUGGACAACAGAAACCAAGUGUGAGAAGGUGGCCUUUUCUCAGGUUAGAUAACAAUAAUUGAUAACAAGUGUAUAAUUUUGUUAUCAAGGUGUAAAACGUAAUUAAAUAGUAGAAACAAAUGAAAUAGUAUCAGAAAUUAUAGUUCUAAAACAAAUGAUCUCUAGUUCAAUAUCCGGAAUUUGUUCUUAUUGGAACAGGCCCGAUUAUAAUCGGGCCUGGGAAAAUGCAUUGCGAAAAGUCUUGUUAAGCUACCUCUCGGGCUUAGAUUCAAACUUUUCCUUCUAUCGCCUUUAGACAAGCCAUUUUCACGUUUUGCUUUAGAACAUAGUUAAUUGAGUGGAAUGGUUAUGAAACCCGUCAGACUCCUUUGUUCUAUGUUUUUGUGGACCAGAAAGUGCACAACGUUCAAAAGCAUUCCUGUCAUUUGGAUUGUUUUGACCAAUAAAAACGUUGCAUUAAUAUAUUCUGUAACAAUUUGCCAACAGAAAAUAAAGGAUUGUGCGCUUUCAGGGUGCUUCCAACAUAAACUGCAGCACUGUAAAUUGUUAAUUUAUCAUUGAUGUUUGCCGCUUUUCAUAACCAGUCUCCCCUAAUAACUAUGUUUCGAAGUAGUGAUUGAAUAAUGCUUGACCGUUUUGAUUGUAUUGAUGUAUCAAAGGAAAUUGGGAAAAUAGAAGUCUAUUUAUUUAAUGAUGUUAAAUUUUUGGCAUUAAACCUAAAAAAAAAGUUAGCCGAACAGAAACAUUGCUGUUAGUAGCUUUAUUUAAGUAAUGGGCCAAAAAAGAUGCAUUCAACAACCUUCUCAACACUUCGUAGAAAGAGGUUAAGAGGGGUAGAAAAUUGAGUCGAUGUGAAUAGACAAGUAGUCAAGAUUUAAUUAAUCUGCUCCCAUUAGCCUUUGAUAAAUCCUUAAUUUCAUAAGUGCCACUGAGCACUUCAUUGAUACGAUCAUGUUGAUUUAUAUCUCGAGAAAAUCGUUUAUUUUUUAGUCAAUAGUUUUUCAUAUAUCUAACAUUUUUUUUGCAGAGCUUUGCUUCCAAGCCUCGUGUAUUUGUCUCUGUUAAGUACACUCGCAGUACUAAGCCAAAUGAUGCUAUGUACUUAUGGUUAGAAAACGUCAAUUCUGGAGGAUUUGAAGUGUGCUUACGGGAAUUCUUGCCCUUUGAUGGAAAGCACCAAGAUGCAGUUGUGGUAAGUGAAGAAAAAUGCUCGAGUAAACUAUAAUACUAUAAAUAUAAAUAAAUAAAUAACUUGACUUUGCCACACUUCGGCAGCCCGGACAACCAAUUACCUAGAACGUUCGUAACAGUGUCUCACGCAGACAUUUCUUGUUAAAGGAAGUGUCGUUCGAUGCCUGACGUCUUGUAAAUUAAACAUUAUUUUCUUGUCCACAGGACUGGUUCGCAUUCACUGGAAAUGGGAGUCAACUUAAUUUCACAAUAACUGGAGAAGAAAUCUUUCCAAACAGUGGAAAUCCAUCGGCCAAAAACAACUACGGCUUCUGUCAGGUGAAAACUUUAGUUCUAACAGGAACAUUUAGCAAGCCACAGAACCUUUUCAGUGGUUGAGGUCACACUAGAGAAAACUUAAUAUAGUAAACCUAAAUUUACCAGGCCAUGGUGAUCGACAAUGUAUCCAAAAUGGCAAUUCCCAGAUGAACGCGACAUGCUUAUCUCGCGACUUGAAUGUGCGCAUAUUUUGGGAUUUUUAAAUUUCGCGACUUUGCAAGAAUUAUAUAUUUCGAAUCACUUCAAUUUCGCGUUGUUGAGUGGGCGAAUAUUAGAAGUGGGGACUUUACAGACGAUGGGCAAAAAUAGAGGGCGAAGUGAGCACGUACACAUCCAUUUACUAACUUACAUUACUUUUUUACCUAUUUACAGGAAGUACCUUUCAAUACGACCUUUUACAAAUCGCCAAUUGUGAUUCUUUCCGUAAAUCAUGAGUAUAAUCUUCAGGUCAAGGGAAGCCGUCUUCCAGAAAAUAAUAUAAUAUCGUCCUGGGUUGAGGUAGGUUUGAAUUUUUAUUCUAACCUGAAAAAAAAAGCCGGCAUUUCACGCUACGCCACCACUAGUUUUUCCACAAAAUGACGUCUGAUGAGCGACGAUAGCAAAAAUUGUAUACUGAUGAUGUGUCAACUGGGCAUGCAGUGCUUCUGAUUGGUUGAUUAGAAAACUUUCAUUGCGGCACGACCAAUCAGGAGCAGUAUCUUGAUUUGCGAAGUGCAAAGUCAUCAUUAUGGGAUUUCUUCACUCGUUCCACAGACGUCUUUUCAACCAGUAAUUAAUUGCGUCGCGAAAUGGGGUUUUCCUCACUGGAUAAUAUUCUUAUUCAAUAAGGGAAGAGAAGUAAUCCGUAUAUUCUAGUAAAUUGAUAAAAGGACCGUGAAACAGCCAUAAGAAACAGAUAAUUUGGAUCUGAUCCGUAAAUUUCAUGACUUGUAUUGUCGUCGUAGAAAUUAAGACAAAAUUAUGGAUUUUGUAGUAACUGAUGAGUGCUAUCACAUUUUGCUGUAGGACGUUGGAUUAGAAUCUAUGAAGAUAUGCGUUAAAGACCUCAGUGGAUUAGGAUCGAGUCACGAUCCCUUGAUUGUCAGCUACGCUGUUACUGGAGGUUGUUAAAUAAUUUUCCUAUUGUAAUGAUCACUAUUUCUAGAAUUAUUAUCAUUAUUAUUAUUAUUAUUAUUACUUUUAUUUUUAUUGAUAUCUUUUAGAAGUUUUUAUUUGUAGGAAAACGUUUCAUGAUGAUAGAAUUAACUAAACGCUGGAGUACAAACAAUGAUAAGCUUAUUCAUGUUACACUCUACCUUUGAACGCACGUAAGGAAUGAUGGGAUAAGAGCAAUUAGAGGGCAGACAAGUAAUAAAAUUGCCAAACGAGUAAUCGAGCAAUCGCGGGCGAGUUUGUUUAUUCCCUCAAAAUAAGACGACGAUUCUAGUCAUGCAAAAUGCAAAAUGUAAAGUUCGACAAGUUUUACGUCAUAAUUCCUUGCUGUGAAGACUUCUACUGUGGUGUACUGCAUUCAAAAUCACUUCCACCCAUCUUUUGCGAUUUUCUUUUCAUUUAAUGUUGAAACUUCUUUUCUAUUGUGUAGGUCAAACAAAACUCGACUGCAUUUUUGUAUUUGCAGAUUUUAUCUCUUGUUUGCCCCCUGAGAAACCACGUAACAUUGCUUUAAUUUAUUCCAUCAGCCUUAAGCGCGUGCAAAGAUGGCGGUAUCGUUAAUAACGUCUGCUAACGAUAAAAAUAAUAGGUUGAGUUGCCUGUAUGCAAACGUGUCAUUACUAUUUAGUUUUAAUUCAAAUAUGAAAAAUAUAUUAGAAAUUUAUGUUUUUUUUCGAAUGGAUAACUACUCAAUAUUAUGUUUUUUUUCUUGCUGCAGAUCUUAAUCCUUGCCUUAAUGUGCAUUGCCCUCGAUUUGGAGUCUGCAGGACCUACAGUGCGCAUGACGCUCAGUGUGAGUGCGAUGACCAAUGCCCCUCAUAUAAAGACCCAGUGUGCACUGCGAACGGAACAACUUACGACAACCGAUGCUGGCAUAAGUUAAGCUAUUGCAGAGGACUCGAAAAUAAUCUGGUCUACCACCCAGGAAGCUGUGAAGGUAACGAAUAAUGAUUUCAACGAUUUUUUUGGCUGUAUAUGCCACAUAAACUAGUCUGGGAGUUAAGCUCUCGAUCGCUUAGAAUUAUAGUUGUUGGUUCAAAAUUGCAUUCAAUUUGGCUUCUAGCUAUAGGAUGUUUAUAACUUUCCGUUACUUUUAAGCUGACUUCUAGCCCCUCACGCAGGCUAAGCAACAAUAGAGAGUUGUAACAAGUUACUUCGUCUCUCUGCUUUGGCAAACAAACACAUAGCAGCCCAGGCUAUAGGCGAUGUUUGAUCUGUGUAAGAUCUUUUAUUCUCUUUUGCCUUGCAAUCUAGUUUUUAUCGCGUAAAAUUAGAUUUACACAAAUUUGCCCGGGGAAAAUAUGGUUCAAAAAAGUGCAAAAGAGGAGGAAAUCAAAGACAAGGGUGGUAAAUAUCACAUUUACAUACCAGUUUACAUGGAGUUGCAUAUUUGAGGGCAAAUGCAGUAUUUAUUAUCUUUGCCCUUGAUUUCAUCCUCUUUUGUAUUUUUUUUUUUUUUUUUUCACCCUAUUAGCACUGAGUAAAUUUGCUGAAAAUCAAAUAUUUCGCGCAGUGGCGCGAGCUCCAACGCGUACAUGUCAUCAGGUACGCUUUUGAUUUAUAAUUUUUUUUUUUGGCCUCCUCCAGUACUGCAUAUGUUUAUCUUUAUACUAGCAUAUGUUUAUCUUGGGCACUGAAACCAGCAACCAGCAUGCAAUAAUAAGCAGCCACUAUACAUUUCUUUGUUGAAAGGUAGCCGACAUUGCAAGUUAUAGCCUAGUUUUAGUUCAAUUUCCACGCUUUUUUUAUCACCACCCUUCACCACUUAGAGUUACACUACAACGCAAGCUAAUGAAGCUACGACCUUAGCGAUAAUGCUUAAAGAGUACAGUGAUGCUUCCUUAUCAAGUACUUAAUUUAUUAUAAAACAGGUUUUCCAAUUGUUCGGGGCCGUGUAGAUCUGCUACAGGUUCCAAAAUGGUCAGAUUCAAACUGUCAGACAGUCACAUUUCCUCCAUACCGGUUUUAUCCCGAUAAACAAGUUCAUGUUCAAAUAACCGUCAAUCACAUGAAGCUGAAUGACUCUGUGACAGUCCACGACGCUGUUACUUCAUGGACAGAAAGUAUCAACACAAAAAACUUCACCGUCUGUGUCAUGCAAACCGGAAGGAAAGAAGAAGGUGCGAAUCCAUUUGCCACCAUUGAUUGGGUGGCUUAUCAAGGUGCACCGCCCGAAGGAUUGACGGGAACGGUUGAGUUGCAGAAAUGGUGGUCUGGUACCAAAUGCGCAGAUGUGACUUUUCCUACGGUGAGAGAUUAAUUGAUGCAAGUCCCCAUGGCAAAUGUUAGACUUUCAUUCACCCGACAGCUUUAAUCCACGCCGUCUUUAAAUUAAAAAAUAACGGAUCAUUACGAGGUAACUAGGAAGAAAAAUGACGAUUGCUACAAUAAAUAACAAGACAAGGUUAGGUAAUAAAUAAGAAGGGGAACUUACUCAGUGAUUAGUUGCGUGUAAUUUUUGCAGCAAUUUCAUCUCAACAUGACUUCAGUUGUUGUUAUUGUUUUUUUUUUUUGGCUUUUUCUUCAGGGCAAGUUUGCUGAGGCGCCAAUAGUCCUUGUGACGUCAGAGCACCUGAGGACUGGUAAAGAGUAUGAUGCCGCUCUCAUUUGGAUUGAAGACGUAACUAAGGACUCAGUUAAAGUCUGUCUUCGUGAAAUGCAAAACUUUGAUGGUAGACACCAAGAUAUCACUGUGGUACGUUCUUAGUGAUUUUCUUAGAAACUGGGACGCGGCUGUCUGCAAAAUUUGUAAGGAUUGUUGGUCUGUUAACCAUAACAGGGCGGGUAAGAUGGAAUGGCACUGAUAACUUAAACAUCGUCCGGGCGAGUGAUGGCUCAGUCGAAAGAAGGGAACUGCAGAAAGAAAAACUUAAAAAGAAACAGAAAUAUAGUAAUAAUGAAAAUAAGAAAAAGAAUCGAACAUCAUUACAGGGAGUGAAUUUUAAACAGCACACAAAUUGGUCUGCCUUGCCCCAUGCUUCCCUUCCUGACGUUUUUGCACGAUUCCCCUGAUGUCGUAAAAAAUGUGGAUUUGCAUCCUUUCCUUGGCUCCUUGCUCUCAUUGUUAGUUCACAAACAGUUAUAGAGUUCAAAAUGCUUAGGUUCACUGAAAGGGCCUUAAAAAUGCAGUUGAUUUUAAAUAAAUUAUCUGUGGGUAUGUUUACGAGACUGUUACAAGUAUGGGUGGCAUCAUUUUUGUUUUUUCCUCUUUUCACAGAACUGGUUUGCCUUCUCCAAACUGCACAAGCCUCUUUUCACUGAACAUGGCGUCAUAAGUUUUCCAAAUACGAACCCACCUUCGGAUAAAAUGAACAAUGCUUAUUGUGAGGUGAGAAAAGAAUUUUUUGCAAAAUUAUUAGCAUAAGCGUGCUAUUCACAGGAUUUUCCCUCACAAAUAUUUAGCUUACUUACAUCACUGUUUAUAUCUUCAAAACACUUAUAGUCAUAUACACUGUACGUGGUAGAGAUCAAAUUAACCAGAAAAGCUAAGAAGCUGGUCCACAAAAUAAUGUUUGAAAAACGUUAAUCAAAAUAUUAAAAGGGCAGUUCGUUCUGUUAAAAUGAUUGAUCGCAAACAUUGUUUGUCCAAUCGUGACUUCAAAAAUAAACACAACCGAAGGUAACUAACUUUAAAGGAAACGGUGUUAAACGUUGUAUGUUUCUAUUCCAUGGCAGUUCGUCACAUUCACGAGAGCUUAUAACUCGACUCCGACAGUCCUUGUCUCAGCCAAUCACAGCACAACAGUAUCUGGGAAUUCUGCACCGAUCCACAACGGAAUUACAACUUGGAUUGAGGUAAAAGUUUCCGUCAUGGGGCGAAUGUGUAGGGAUGUGUCCUGGCAAAAAAAAUUCAAACCUAAGCUCGACGAAAGAAAAAACUGAACAGAAUCACGCUUGAGGCGAUGUAUAGGUCGAUAAUAGAUGUGGCUCAAAAAUGGAACAAGAAAAUUUGAGAUUGCUUAUUUGCUAAAUUCAUGUUUUCGAUCGCGAAUAUAAUUAUGUAGGUAUUAUUCAUUAAAGUUUGAAUAAUAUCUUUAAAUACUCAGGCGCCGCGGUGGGCUCAAACUUUAGACCUGACGGUUCGGGUUUAAACGUUACCAUAGUUUUUUUUUUCUUGGAACAAGAAAUCAUUUGCUGUCUUUAUCAACGGGGAUCAAGGUUUAGCCAAACUGUUUGGGCCUUAUAGCUCUUGCGCCACCAUCAUACCCCUUAUUAGGGAAAAAGUAUAUUUUGGAUAACAUUUGAACCUUUUAAUUCUUUUAGCUUUUAUAACUUUGUUAUUUCUAAACCUUCCAAUCUUUUAAUUUUCUAGCGGUCUUUACAAGCUUUCAUCAAACCACGGUUUUCAGUUACGGCGAAUCUGUUUGCAUUUCUAUGUCACAUAAAAAGACUGUAGGAGAAAGGUUUAAUUUCAGAGACCAUUCUAACAUUCACUCCACAUUAAUCCAGUUGUUUAUGGUUACAACGGCAUAAAAUGUACCAGCUACGUUAAGUGUUUAUUUUUUCAGAACAUGAAUACCUCUGCAUUCAGAGUCUGUGUCAAGGAAUUAUACGGGACCAGAUAUGACCCCUUGUCCGUCAGUUAUGCUGUGCUCACAGGUCUGCAAUAAGAACUGAACUCAUUUAUGAAGUAGUUUUUAGCAAACAUCUUACCCGAUUCAUCAGGAAUUAUAAAUACUUUGGAAGUGCUCUAAACUAACACAAGCAUAUGGUUUGCGAGUCAUGCCGAGUGAGAGUCAAGAGAGUAACAAAAUUCCAGUCGCUUUUUGUUCAAAUUUUCUACUUUCGAUUCCCCAUUUACUGCUAGCAGCAGGGUACCACUUUGAAGUUCUUGUCUAAAAGAAAUUAGAGACCUUAAGAUGUGAGGACGGCGACGGCAGGUAAAACGUCGCUUAAAAAGUGAAUUCGGGGUUUUCAAUCUUCAUCACGAUUUUUCCAUCUCGCUUACUUUGUCGAAAGUGCGCUACUCCUCCUGAAGUUGAAUUCCUAAGAGCCUUAUAACAGUUAAGCCGAGAAAGAGAAGGAAAAUUUCGUCGUUGCUUGUUUACGUCCUCUAAAAAACAUGAAACUAGGCAUUUUCGCGUUGUAGUCGUGCAACGACUGCUAAGAAAUGUAGAAAAAAGCGUGAUGGCAUGUGCAUAGUUGUUGUUUUACUAUAAUUAAACCUAUUGCUUUUUGGCCGUUCUCAUUGCCGUCGCCGUCGUCGGAUCUAAAGGUCCCUAAUAACUCAUAAUGACAGAAGACCUCAGUUGCCGAAAUGAAAACCAUCAUGCAUCGAACAACGUUAAAAGUUACUUUUGCUUCAGAAUUUUUACUCUAAUUUAAAAAAGUUAUCCCUCUUUCAUCAUUGUGACACCACUCCUACUCUCCUCAAGAUAAAAAUAAUGAUGAUGGUCUACUCGUUGCCCCGAAAAAAACGUUAAUUAUUUUAAAUGAUAUUUUCUUAUACACAAUAAUCCUACAACUGAAAGUGCCGCUAAGGAUAAAUAAUAUCUAUCAAUCCGACCAUAAUCAUAUUUAUUAUAUAAUAAUUUAUACAUCAGCAAUCUAAAUCUUUUCUCCUUUUUACAUUUUGUUAGAUAUUUGUGAUCCUGGCUGGAACUAUUUCAACGGCUUUUGCUAUUUCACAAGUAAGACUUGUCAAAAUUGGACCAUAGCACUGGAUAAAUGCCGACAAGAAAACUCAGUUCUCGUUGAUGUCCAAAACAAUGAAGAAAAUGUGUUUUUACAGCAUCUUCACAAUGGAGCAAAAUCCUGGCUGGGAUUGAACGAUAUUUUCACAGAGAGCUCCUUUACUUGGGCAGAUCGUGGUACUGCGAACUUUACAGCUUGGGGGAAAAACCAACCAAACAAUUUUCGAGAUGAAGACUGUGUACAUACACUUGGUGUUGAAUACAAAUACGAAUGGAAUGACGUAAAAUGCAGUGACUGUCAUCAGUAUACUUGCAAGAAAGGUAUAGUUUUUCCACAGGCAGACCACCCUCUGCUAGUGGGGGCCGUUGUUGAUUGAAAUCUGAGCAACGAUCUUUUGUUAUUUAUAGAAAAAAUACGGUACAUAUGAACAAUACGGUGGCUAUAAUUUGUUCCAAAAUGCAGAAUUUUGAGCAAACUUUUCAAUAAAAGUUUGAAGAAAAUGUUAACUGAGCCAUGUGUCAUGUUUUUUUCGCCGUCCCGUGUUGUUUUAAGCGCUAUUUUGCGAGAUGAAUAAAAAAAAUUGCUUUAAAUUCUGCAUUUUGGAACAAAUUAUAGCCACCGUAUUGUUCAUAUGUACCGUAUUUUUUCUAUAAAUAACAAAAGAUCGUUGCUCAGAUUUCAAUCAACAACGGCCCCCACUAACAAAGGGUGGUCUACCUGUGGUUUUUCGUGUAUGUUUACGUGUAAGGUUACGGUCAUAAAAAGAGAUUAUUAUUUCUGAAAAAUUAGUUAUACAUGAUUAAAUGAUAUCUUGUCAUUAAACAGAGACAAACAAAACAGUUGACAAAAAAUAAUUAAGUGAUGCAAUGAGUGAACUGCCGGUAAUGUUUGCGAUUUUGAAUCUUACGUGUAUUUUAUCAACAUGAAUUGUACCUUUAAAUAACGAGAUAUGAAAUGACCCAGUCAUAAUGUAAACGCUAUACGAAAUAAAAGAGUCGUCCCGGUAUGAAACUCGAGCCGAUGCGAGUUUUCUCAUGUAAACACCCCCUAAAACACGAUUUUAGCGUGGCAAACCGACAAAUAUCGUUUGGAAAUGUCUGCAUGAUACAGAACUGCUUUAUUUUUUUCGAUAGUAAUUCAUGUUUCACGUUCAAACUAUCAACUGCAUGCAGUUCAACUCUGAACCAGUUGUACUAAAUUCUAUAAUCAAACUCGGUCGCAAUCACGCAAUGAAAUACACACACACACACGCAACACUUACUUCAAAAACACAAUGACUUGCUUUAAUUGAAACGAAGCUAUUUGGUCCUUAAAGAAGAAAAAAAAACAAGGAGACAAGAAAAGAAAGCUAACAAAAUCAUUACACUUGACGGUAAAAAUAGCAAGAAGGUGGAAUUAUAACAUUGAUCUCAGAGAACUUCGCGUAGACAAAAUCACCGGCCGCCGAAACCACAAAGCGGCUCUAAAUCCCUAAAUGAAAAACCUGCCAACUCUCCCCAAUGAUUCUUCAUUCGCAGUUCACUUUAGCAUUUCAGUUUUGAAGACAAGGGCAAUUUUGCUGUUUAAGAUAAAGAUUAAGCUUAUCGAAAUGUUUGAACUAAACGAAAGAAUGCUAGGGGCGCGAUCCGCUGAAUAUCAAGCGACAAUCCCGCUAAAAGUUUUCAUAAUUAUACAUAAUUAUGCGAAUGUUUAGACAGUCAACCCAUCAAAAUCACUACCCGAUUUUCUGGUAUAGUGAGUGACGUCACUGGACGGCAUUAACGGCCGGUCGAUUCAGACGUUGUUGAGAGAAGAAAACGACUCGAAGCAAUCGGGUGAAUUUCAGGCUAUUAGAUUAAACGCCGCGGCGUUUGUUAAAUUUUUCGUUAUUCGAGUGCGGCAUCUAUUUAAUAUCCGUUUAUCUCUUGCAAACAAUAGUAUGGUAACUGAGCAUUUAAACUUUAAAAACAGAAACAUGUUUUAGUGCCUGUGUGACUAAAGUCAUUAUCUAUAUCUUUCUCAAUUUCACAAUUUGCAUGUUAAUAUACUACUGGAAUACAUAAAGUGAAUAAAGUUAAUUAUAUUCCUUUGAGCUGCGAAUGUACUGAUAUUAAAGCAUUGUUAAAGCAAAGAAAAUAAUUUUUUCAGGCUUGCUCAAACAUGAUUAUUACUGCAUGUAUUUACUUUUUGAGUCUAUUAUUGGAAUAAACGCCGCAUCAUGGCGUGGCGUUUAUUCGAGGGCGGCGUUUAAUCGAAUAAAUACGGUAAUUAAAGAAUUGAUAGCUGCUGUAAUUGCAGUAACUAAACAUGGUAUCUUUCGUACAUUACAGAUCUCAAUGAGUGCAGGAGGGACAAGUAUUAUUGCCAUCGUUUUGCCACAUGUUCGAACAAUCGUGGUUCCUUCAAUUGCACUUGUAACCUUCAACAAGGUUUUGUCGGGGAUGGCUUUGACUGCACCUUAAAUGCAAGUAAGUGACCUUAUGCAAAGAAUUAAUGAAAACAAGGACAGGAAAUUUUUUGUAAAAUUUUUAACUCUUAAUCUGUAAUAUAAGAAAUCAGUUUUAAGUUUGCAGGGCUUCUGUUACAAGCUGAUUUUAUAUGACAAAUGAAGGGGGUGUUCGAGCAACUCGCUCGCUUGGCGUAGAGGUACCAGGUAUCUGGGCCCAGCAGUUGUUCGAAGGCCGAUUAGCGCUUAAUCCAGGGUUAAAUUUAACCCGGGUUUCUAUUUCUUUUGUUCAAAAGCAUUUGCUCGGAUAAUUUUCUCUGUUAUUUUAAGAGCAUCCAAUCAUCAACUUGUUGACAAAAAGAAUAAAACUAAAAUUACUCUCUAAGCACUAACCCUGAGUUAUCUUAACUCAGUUGAACAAUUCGGCCCUGAUUUACAUUAGCUUACAUUUCGGGAUUCUUUAUUCUUCGCAGCAGCUCAUAUGUUUUCUUCUACAGCAUCACUUUCCGACUGCUACUGAACAUAACUACAUGACCGCACUUCACUCUAACUGCGCCAAACAUUGCGAAAAAGGCUUAAUAAAUAACUUAACGUGCGGGCUUGCUGACAAUGAGAGUAACGAACGCACUUUCCUAACGAGUUUAGGGAUUUCCUGUUGAUCACCAAAGUGGAAAAAACAAACCUAUAAGGUAUGAUAAUGACAUGAGCAAGAAACCAAUGAAAAGUUGACAGCUGAUACCACCGGGCUCUACUGUAAACCAAAACAGGAACUCUGAUGUAGGUAACAAUCACGGUCAGCAAUAAUCCCUAAACGUGCCCAAUUCAGGGGCUGACACUCAAAUUUUAAUAAAUGACAAUUAUGUUGAAAAACUACUAAGAAAGAAAAAUGAUAUAAUUGAAAACCUGUCGAUACAAAAUACGGAUGACGAGACUCUAUAAGGUACGAGUGUAACGUCAAGUGCAAACAUGGAAUAGACUAAAAUAACCUACAAAAUACGGCUUCACAACAGAAAAUGGGCCAUAGCAGUACAGCUGUACCUCUUACUUUUCCCUUUUGGCGAGAAUUUUUCCGCUACCUUAAGUAAACAAGUGUUGGGACCUGAGGAGACCAUACAUCGCGCGUCUCAGUCAAAUCUUGAAAAGUGGAAAAGUAAGUGACAAGAAAUAAUUACUCUCGACAUAUCAUAAAGAACGUAAAUGCAACCUCGCCUGGGAAACAGGUUCUGAAAGGUUAAAGCAAAGUCUGCAUGAAGUUUCCAAAACUCCCGGCCGUUAUGCGACGCUUUCCUCGUGCCAACCAAAAAUAAAUAAACAAACUAUCAAACAAGAUCUGAAUAGCAAAAGAAUUUUGAUACCUUUGUCGUUAUUUGUAAUCUCUCGAUAAGCAUUGUUUAUACUAUUGUGGGGUGGCAAGGGGACAGUACAAGUUUGGUUUGAAAGGACACAAUGAUUUCAGCUAUUUCAGCUCUGUUUAGGAACAACCUGUUAACUUAGAAAAGAUGCAUGAAAAACGAGUAAGGGUAAUCUGAGUGAGUAAUCACAGACUCUUGUAAAGUGAUUCAAAUUUUGGUGCAUGUUUGCAAAAAAAAUGAUUAGUCAUUCGCCCCAGCUUUCGAGUUCUAGUAUGCCCUGCUUUCUUAAAUUUAUACGCCAAAGUUAAUGAUAGUUACGGUAAUAAAAUAAUGUUAGGAAUAACUGAAUCCUGAAUUUGUCUUUUAUGCUGUUCUUUGGCAUCUUAUUCAGCUACAUGCCCUGUUGGAAUGGUUAAACAAUUUUGGACCAACUCCCCUCCUUCUGUCCGUGUUUUUUCCUUUAGUGUUUUUUCAAAACACUAAAUGAUCUGCAGUCUUAUAUUUUCAGUAAAUUUCACAAAUCGAAAAAAUCCAGGUAAACCCUGAAACUAUCAUAUUUCGCGUGCCUGAUCCUGCAUGGCUUUUUCGAUUUGUGAAAUUUACUGAAAAAAAUAGGACUGCCGGUCAUCUAGAGUACUGUUUUGAAAACCUUGACCGGCAGUCGACGUGAAAAAAGUUCUACGUCCUAUAUUUUCAUUAAAUUUCAUAAAUCAAAAAACUACCAGGAUCAGGAUCUCGACAUAUGAUAGAUUCAGGGUUUAGCUGGAUUUUUAGGGGAGGGUGGCUUUGGGCAAGUGAUGUAUCGGUCCCCAGAAAGGUCACCCCAAGACUCCCAGGAUGGUUUCUUUUUGCACAGUGCCCAGGCCUCAUUUUCUUGGCCGCACGUUGAUCUGGCCCGGCUACUUCGGCGAGCAUGUUCUCGGUCUUUUUCCAUUACAUCCUUCGAAUUUGUCAAAGUCUGUGGGAUUCGUUUCUCUAUCUGGGAAAGCUUCAUUGGUUUCUAUAUCUGUUGCUAUUUUAUUUCAUCACGAAACUUCGUUGGAGCAUUAAGGAUAACAACAACUAACUACAGAGUAAGUUUCAUUGAUCUUUAUUUAGUAUCCUAUUUCACAACACUCAAUUGCUCGCGCUCAUUGUUAUUAAGAUAUGGGAAAAUUGAUCGAGCGCCCUGGAGGAGGUGGAACUGUAAUCGAUUCCCGAUCCAAACACGAAUUUUCAGCAAAGAAAGGGUUGGGGAGGGUGGGCCGUUUCACCUUCCUCCUUGGCGCUGAUCAGAGACUGAGCGGAGAGGGAGUGUUCAACGGCAUUUAUUAUUGCCCCUUGGGACUCAGGGCCCCGUGCACUUGCAUACCCUUGUGCAUGAGACUUGUUAUUUUAAUGUUUUGGCUUCGCGCUUCGACUUUGAGUAUUGUGAAUAGUAACUAUAAACGCAUUUGCAAUUGUGUGAUAAAUUUCAUCUUGUCUCGCGGAAAGUGUACUUUCUGCUACUGUUGUAUAAUUUUGAUAGAAUAAAAUUCCAAUGUUUCUUAUAUAAACGUUUCCUCUUCUCCCUUUUACUAGGAUUUACCUGUGGUCGCAAAGCUGUUCACUCCUUCUGUGAGGUGUCCAAAUUGUAGUUAUACCAAUGAUUCCGAUUUCCGCUUUUGCCAACGGUGCGGCUAUAAAAGGAAAAUCUUACAGAACAAAAGUAGUAUGCCUUUCGAUGUGGAUGUGAACGCUAUUGAUGAUCGUCUUCGACAAUUGGCCUUGUUUGAUCAAGCAACUUGUUACUCUAAACAAAAAGCUUCGCUUCAGAGAGAAUUAGAAAAUUUCCUUUCCUCUCUACCAGGCUUAAUUGCAGUUUCAACUGUUACACCACGUGAUAUUUGCCGUUUCUUGGUGUAUAAAGACAAGAAUGGGAAAACCCAGGUCCACCGUAACGGAUGCCCUCAUUUGGGGAAGAGAGGCACAUUUGAUUGUGCUUGCCCGUUAAGACUUUCCUAUAAAACUGUAGACUCGUAUAUUGGUAAACUACGGGCAAUCUUCCACACUAUUGGGCGUGAUGGGGAAUGGGAUAGACGCCUUGGCCUUGGAAACCCGGCUGCAGAUAAAUCGGUUAAGGACUAUCUCCGUUUAGUUACGGCUGAGCAGCUACAGGCAAGAGUAACGCCGAAACAAGCUUCCCCAUUUUUUGUGGACAAACUUGCUCAGUUAUCUGACUACAUCGAUAGAAAUCUGCAGUCUCCUAAUAUCACUCCAACACAACGUUUUAUUCUCGCGAGGGACCAGGCGUACUUUAAAGCGGUAUUUUCUAGUGGUGAUAGGCCUGGAGAUAUGGGCCUGGUGAAGGUACCAGAAAUUCUGAGAUUCCCAAAUGAUGAUGGUUUCCUGUUUAACCAUGUGUGAGGCAAAACCUUGAGGGACGGUGAUAAUAAUGUCUUUGAGAUCAAACGAAACCCACAGACAAAGAUCUGUCCUGUUCAGGGGAUAGAACAUUAUAUGGCAGUGGCUCAGCAACUAAGGAUCGAUUUAACGAGGGGUUAUCUUUUUCGCCCAACUACUCCUCAAGGGGGCAUACUCGAUGCACCAUUCAGCUCAACUGCGGCGGAGGCUCGUUUAAAGGGAUAGCUAAGGGAGAUGGGGUCAGACGAUGGGGAAACUCUUCAUGGCUUUACAGCUGGAUGUGCUAUAACCCUGGCAUUGUCAGGAGCUGAGUUGACGGAAAUCAUGGAUCAUGUGGGGUGGACACGACGACAUACUGCUUUACAUUACUUGCAAUUGGCCAAAGUUCUUAACCCGGCGGGUGCAUCUGCUCGAUUAUCGACAGUAGACAUCCCUACUGUCACGUCUGAGUGGAAUGACGUCAAUGUUUUGAAACGUUUCGUCUGUGCCUUCCCUUCACCCACAACCGCGAAAAGGUCGUUUCCGGAACAGUGAAUCUUUUCAUUAAACUACAAUCUUCUUUGCAAUUAACUCUCUAAAGUAAGUUUGGGUGAGAGUUGGGUGAUAAGGAUGGGAGGUUUAAGGGCUGUUUUAGGGUCUUUUGUGUUAAAUAUUACCUCUGUAGUAGGUGUUGUGGAAACGGAGCUGGUUUGCGCGUAGAUCAAUUUUCCCAUAUCUUAAUAACAACGAGCGCGAGCAAUUGAGUGUUGUGAAAUAGGAUACUGUUGAAAGUCAAUUACAAGAUAUACCCUAAUAACGUACACCAAAAGCCCAGAGAUCCCCAGGGAUCCCAGGAUGGGGAAUCCAUUCUUGUUUAGAAGGUAACAGAAGUGCCCCAGCCUCCCCCUUUACUGCCAAUCUACACGAUUUACUGGCACAACUUUGAAGAAGAGGCCACCAAUACCUCUUCGGAUAAACAUCCAAGGCUAUGACCGUGCACGACCGCCCGUGGGAUCUCAGAAAACGCAGAACAGGACCCAUCAGAGAGAGAGGCGGGAAAACGUAAGGGUACUCCAGAAACGGGGCUCCACUUGAUAGAUCUUGCGCAAAGAAAUUGACACCACAGGAUUGCGGCGACGGGUGAGGCGUAAAAUGUGGUAGCAGCGAGCCAUCCUGGUCUGUCAUUGCAUUCGAAUCAAGUGCCAUCAAGUCACACGUGUGUCCCUUUGAACCACCAAACUCUUGUUGUACUCUUUGCCAUAAUUGCGGAUGAAGUUUGCAAUCAAGAGUUGUAAGACGGCGAGAGGGUGCGUCCGCGUCAUUUUCUUUUGAUGUGAUAUACGUCAGAUGGAGGGCAAUAUUUAACUUUGAAGUUGUGAAAAAUAACUUCUUAAUCGCCCUGUGCAAGGACAUGCUCUUACCCCCUUGCCUUUGCCAGGAAUAGACAACUGCCUGAUUGUCUACCAGGCCAUCUACCCACGCAUUCUUUAAACAGUCGGAGAAAGAGAGAAGGACCUUGUCAAGCGCCAGUGCCUCCUUUGCGGAGAUAUCAAGCUCCUGCUCCUCCUUCGUCCAGUAGUCAGAGGCCUCAACCGUACGAUCACCCAAGGUUACUGAACCACCCCAGCCCGAGGCUGAGGCAUCUGUUGCUAAGGAUAUGCGGAUAUGACGUUCAUCUCUCCAGGGGAGGGGGUAGUCCCACGUACGCAGGAAGAGCCAAUGUGAGAUUUCCUCCCUCAGUGCCUCAUGUAACUUGAUAGGUCUGGAUGUGCGUAAAGCCUUGGAAAUAGCACUAUUCAUCUCCCUGGUAAACAGAAGCGCUCCCGGAACCACCAGUGAAAAUGACACACAUUUGCCCACCAAACGCUGGAGGCUUUUGACUGAGACUAUUGGACAUGCCAGGGUUUGUUCAAUAAGAUCAAGAAACUUCUCCUUCUUUUCAGGAAUAAGAUGGAAUACCUCUCGAGAGGAGUCGGACAGGAAACCCAAAUAUGGGACAAUCUUACGAGGCAUCAGAAUAGAUUUGGGCAAACCAAGAAAGUAUCCUAGCUUGAUCAGAAAAUAAGCUACCAAAAAGAUAGCUGAUUUCGCAGCUGCUAAAUUAUGCUCAUCGGGAUUUGUAAGGUUCGCAUAGGGUCCUUGGUUAGGUGGGAUCUGAAGCUGGCCAUGGUGCCGGUCAUCAAUGUACAAUGAACAAGGUAUCCCUAUUGAUCGGAAGAAAUUAGAUACUACUAAACCAGUGGAGUGGUAUACAAAAGGAGAUAUCUUCCAGCCAAAAGGCAGGGUAUUGUAAACAAAGUACCACCCACCCCAUUGCAUACCAAAAAAGGUUCUACUUUCCACGGACAAGAGGAGAUGGUCAUACCCCGACUUGUCAUCAAGGAUUGUUUGAUAGGUAUCACGGCCCACAUAUCUUGGUAAAUCCAAAAGGGUAUCCAACUUGAAAGGCAUGUCCCUCAUCCAUAGAUUUAAAAAACGAGCGUCAUGGCAUAACCUCGGCUUGGUGGGCUCCACAGUCAGAGGAAGGACCAGAUGGGGUGGAUCAACUUCCCCCACCUUUCCAAUCAAAGAAAUUGCCCCCGAGGCUAAGCGAUCAAGCAGUGUGCUUCUCACAAAAUCCGCGAAGGGCUUACACGACAUAUUAUUCCUGAAAAGUUCAGAAGGUGGAUAAUCCGAACAGUACUGUUUCCCCUUGAAACUACCAGAGAAGGGCUGAAAGUAUUCAAAAAUGGAGACUUUAUCUUUUAUCCAUUUCAAAACCUGAACCUGUUGAGCGGAUGGAGAACCGCCAAUUAUAUCCUGCCAUUGAUGGUAGUAAUUGUGAACUUCUCCAGCGCGAAAAGUAGCAGGGUCUCUAAACCGCAAUGUUGCAGGGUCUCCAAGUUUAUCUCCAUGGCAAAUCUGGUCAAUUUCUUCUCUCGAAAGCUCUAAGACUGCCACCCUAGUGCCAACCCCAGCUGAGUUCCCCGACCAAUCAACCCAAUUGAUUGACUUUGAAGAAUACUGAGUAUGAGCGUAAAGUUUUUCUUCAAAUUCCGAGUCGCACUCCCAAUCCCAAGUCAAAUGACAAGAAUUCUGAGAAGGGAAGGGAAAAAUAUUCUGAUUAUAAACACCAAUAAAUGACACAGAACGUUAGUGGGGGAACCCACGGGGCCAGCAAGGGGUGACAGUCAUGACCCAGCAUAACCGGGGGAGUUUGUUUAGAUACUCUUUUUCAUAACUGUCACUCCAAGCAAACCCUCGAAAACCUAUUAUCUAUACAAAGGAAAAGAAUCCAGGAACAUUAAUAGGCUACUCAAUACAGAGAAAAUCAUUUAUUUCCAACAUCCUUAUCAUUAUCACCAACAACCCGUCAUAAGUAGCACAAUGAAAUUGCGGUGAGAUUAUAAACUGCUCAGACUUUACACAGUUAUCUCUCUAUUUAUUCUGAUUUGCGUGAACAUUUGGUUGAGGAGCCCCACGGGAAAAACCAGAAGGCCCGCCCAAAUCUCUUUUCCGUUUGAAACAAUUUAUCUGAAUAUGCCCGGGGCGAUUACAAUAGUAGCAACGAACUCCCAUAUAAGAACCUGGCAUGGCUCUUCUACCAGGUCCGGAAUUCUGCCUCACUGACUUUCGACGAUUAUUCUUCUCAACCUUCGCUACCACCUCUAACACCUUCUCCUGGUCCUUAUCACCAAGCAACGGAAGGAGAAAAUUACGAAACUGGUCAUUAGGCUCAUCAGCUUUCCCACGUAGAGUUUCAAACGCGAGGCGAAAAUAACCCGCCUUCUCGUGCUUUGUAUCUUGAGCCGCAUUCUUUAAAGCUUCUAAGAGGUCUAGGGCCUCAAACCUAUUGAAUUCCGGAACAGGGCGUGAGGCCAGGUGACGAAUCUUCUCCAGAAGGCUAUCCACCGAGGACUUGGUGAGGGCGUCCAUGGACUUCUUUAACUCCUCAUACUUAAGCUGCAACGCCUAUGGAGAGCAAUAAACGGAGACAAAUUCUAUACAGAACUCAUUAUAAAAAUCACAAAGAAGUUUCCCUUUCAGUUUCAGGCGUUAACAACAGCGUUAGCAAACAGGCCUCAAAUCUCACUGACGAAAAAACGUUCAUUGUUUCAAAGUGUUAUGACGUAAUUUAAAACAAAGGAAUUGCACAAUCGGCUCCUGCACAAGUUGAUUAUCAAUUCUAGGCAAUAUGCAGCGAUUACGUCACAACAACAAGCAAAUUUCAUGCUACACAAGUAUAACUGUCACAAUCGUUAACCCGCUAAUCAGGGUUUGGACAUGUUCAAGACAAUAUCAGACAAAUAACAGUAACAAUAAAAUUACGCGCCUCACUUAGACUGCCAAACAGUCCGAAUUUUGCUGAUCCAAGUACGCACGAGCAGUGAAACAAAAGGUCUGGAGGGAGGCUGAAAAACAGAGAGCGGGACUGGGGAGAGACGCUAAAAAAUGCUCACACGCCCUAAGGGCGUGUGAGGCCCGCGCACCUCGCGCGUGUAAGACUCUUACGCCACAAUUUACCGAAAUCUGUACCGAUUUUGACAUUUCACAAUCAUGAUAUCAAACAAGACAGCUUGCUGCGAGAAUGACGCCACGACAUUAGCAAGCCAAUCAUAAUUGCCUCACCGGCCACGACAACUCUAUCCAAACAAUUCCGUAAUAACAAUAACAAACAAAUUACAUUAUACAGUGGCCAUACAAUAUUUCACAGUCAUGAUCAUUAAAUAGAUAAUCAGCCGAAAAAAGUCACGCGAUGACAAUAACAGGCAAAUCACAAUUGCCUUCCUGGCCACAACAACCUUAUCGAAACAAUUCCGUCAUGACAAUAACAAACAAAGUACAUUCUUCACUGGCCGUACAACAUUUCACAGUCAUGAUCAUCAAGCAGACAACUUGCUGAAAGAAUCACGCCAUGACAAUAGUAGGCACAUCACAAUUGCCUCACUGGCCAUAACAACUCUAUCCAAAUAAUUCCGUCAUGAUAAUAACAGGCAAAUGACAUUCUUCACUGACCAUACAACAUUUCACAGUCCUGAUCAUCGAACAGACAACUUGCUGAAAGAAUCACGCCAUGACAAUAGCAGGCAAAUCACAACUGCCUCACAGGUCAUAAUAAUUCUAUCUUAACAACCCGUCAAGACAAUAGCAAGCAAAUUUUAUUCUUCACCGACCAUACAGCAUUCCACAGUCAUGAUCAUCAAACAGACACCUUGCUGAGAGAAUCACGCUAUGACAAUAGCCGGUAAAUCACAGUUGCCUCACUGGCCAUAGCAAUUCUAUCCAAACAAUUCCGUUAUGACAAAAACAAGUAAAUUACAUUUUUCACUUGCCAUACAACAUUGCACAGUCAUGAUCAUCAAACAGACACCUUGCUGAGAGAAUCACGCCAUGACAAUAGCCGGCAAAUCAAAGUUGCCUCACUGGCCAUAGUAAUUCUAUGCAAACAAUUCCGUUACGACAAUAACAAGUAAAUUACAUUCUUCACUGGCCAUACCACAUUUAACAGCCAUGAUCAUCAAACAGACACCUUGCUGAGAGAAUCACGCCAUGACAAUAGCAGGCAAAUCACAAUUUGCCUCACUGGCCACAACAAUCCUAUCCAUACAACUACCGUGUAUACAUAAAAGUCAUUUACUCUAUUUACAAUAACAAGCAAGUCACAAACAGUACAGAAUAAUUCUAAUGUAUAACCCAAAAACCUAACUACAAAGGAAGUAACAACAAGAAACCCCAAAGUACAUACUGGAUAAAACCAGCAACAAACCCCGGACGCCCACAAGGAUAAGCGCCGGUACAUAAUUACAUUACAUAACCCAGCCACGUGCAAGAUAACAAAUACAUCGCAAUCCAAACUGGAUCAAGAAAAUAUGAAAAGAAAACAACCCCCCAAAAAAGGAAAAAGAAAAAACACUAUAAAAACCAUGCGAAUAAUACGAGUUGACACGACUCAAACGUUUACCUCAAGUUUCUCUUCCGCCGUCAAUUCACGAGCUUGUUGUGCCGCUGGUGGUUCGGGCGCAUCAUUCCCCGGCGCUGGGUUUGGAACAACAGGUCUUGGGAUUUGAACUUCAGCGUCCGGUUGAGGCAUUCUAAAUAUAAAUAAAAUAAAGUAUAAAAACUUAUGAUACGCAUAAACAAUAGAAAGGCGAAGUGUUCUUUGCUGAAAAUUCGUGGGAAAAAAUUGGAAGUUCCACCUUCCUCCUUGGCGCUGAUCAGAGACUGAGCGGAGAGGGAGUGUUCAACGGCAUUUAUUAUUGCCCCUUGGGACUCAGGGCCCCGUGCACUUGCAUACCCUUGUGCAUGAGACUUGUUAUUUUAAUGUUUUGGCUUCGCGCUUCGACUUUGAGUAUUGUGAAUAGUAUUUCCAAGAAAUUUUAGGAUCGUAUUUUUACCCCAUACAAACACCGUAAUUUCACUGGAACCGUACUGUGGUACUAUCACAGAGCCUGGGUUACCUGUGCACCCAGCAGAGCAGGAAAUCAUCACAUUCACGGACAAUAGUCCAGUUUCGAAUUAAUAAAUUACCGCUGAAUAAAAACAUUAACGACACAUUCAUACAGGGUUAGCCUCGACGUAAAGUAAAAUAUUCAGAAAUUCUGGCAAGUAAGUGUUUGAAAUUUGAAUAUACACAAUAGACAGAGUAAUAAACAGGUCUUUUUCUCGUCGGAAUUUGUGAACAUAUUACUUCAGACGGAGGCUAAGGCUGUAAAAAAUGCGUCGUGACUUCUUUGAUUCAGCGGUCAUAGCGAACUCGAAAACGGACUAUUACAAAGAGCAAAGGAAAUGACCUGUAAAUGUCACACAAACAACAGCAAAGAUAAGACUGAUUCGCUCAGUUAAAGUUUGGAAUCCUCCACAGCUUAAUCUACGGAUUUGGAUUUAAAAACUAAUAAAAAUUUGCAACGCCUUGCAACACGAACAAUUCACGAACAAAUGUUCACGACAAGAGACUAUGAGGCUCUUGUCACGAACAAAUGUUCGAUAACACCGUAACGAUGUCUUUUCAUAUUAACAACAUAGUUAAAGUGGCAUUCUACCGCCUUAGAAAUAUAGCAAAGGUUCGUAAGUUUAUCAAUGUCACAACGGCUGAAAUUCUUGUGCACGGAUUAAUAAAUUCGAAGCUGGAUUUCUGCAACUCGCUUUUACAUGGUCUUCCCAAGUAUGAAAUUAACAAACUGUAAAGUGUCCAAAACGCUGCAGCCCGCGUGAUUGCCUACUUACGUAAGUUUGAUCACAUAGGUGAUACUAUAAACGAGUUGCACUGGCUACCAGUGGAGCAAAGAAUAACCUUUAAGAUUAAUCUUAUUUUUUUUCAGAUACUCAUCAAUUUAGCUCCUGAUUAUUUGGUUGACCUAAUCCCUGUGUUUUUUAAGGGAUUUUUCAGUCAUUGCCCCUAUACUCUGGAGCGAUUUGCCUAUUGACAUCAGAUCGCUCUGAAGCGCUUAGCACUGAAAAGUAUAGGCGCUAUAUAAAUUAUUAUUAUUAUUAUUAUUAUUAUUAUUAACAAUUCCAAAUUAAACGAAACCAAGGAUCAGUUUAGAAUACGAUCCACGAAACGCUCACACAUUGAACCAGUAAUGGCCCCGAAAUUACACACGUCACAGAUUUUCAAAGGCCUUACAUCUGUUUCUUUGAAUAACAACAAACAAAUUUACUCCAGUAUCUAGGAGUAAUUUUCUCAAAACCAGAAAAAAUUAUUACAGACCUGAAAAUUGCAAGAAUUGAAAGACCACUCCACUCAGAAUGCACGAAGAUCACAACUGUUUACAUCACGUUCGGCAGAUCUUUCUCUGCUUUGCAGAGACGCACGCCAUCUUUCUUUGUUUCACAUGUUCCUCUGAUGGUCCUUUACAAAUAACGCGUGGUCUCAUGGGAUUCGAAAGGAAACAAACAAAUGGCCGCGCAAAAGCCUUGCAAAUACUGAUUUGUCUUUGAAGGUCCAAGAUGGAAUUAUCAGUGAUGUCAUCAUAUAUCCAGAAAUGGAUAUCUCCCGGACUGAUAAGAAAAAUGUUAAUAAAAAUGUUAAAUUUCAUUGUUUUUCAGUGGAUAAAGCCUCAAAAAAUGAGGCACUAACUUAAAGUACAAAACAUUGGACACCUGUAUCCAAUCUAAAAAAAGGGACUCAUUUUCAAAGUGAUCAAAAUAUCUCGAAACAAAAUUACUGAAACAACAAGACAUUCCUUGCAAAAAAACUAAUACAAAUUCACCACGACUAACAAAUUCGAAUUUUAAACUUCAGUUGGACAUGACAGACUAAGUUAGCUUAAUUCAAACUCGUUCCGACCGUAAGAAAACAAGACAGUCUAUUUUCUGCAACUGACUCAACAUUGCUUUACUUUCAAGUGCUACUUUUCUUCGUCAACUUCAUCCUCGAAAGGCAAUUCAUUGCUUAUAGCCCCUACAUACAUUCAGAAUCUAGUUUCUUUGAAAUCGCAAAGCAGAUAUAAUUUCAGAUCGUCUGGUGGGAUGUUUUGCUAGCGUCGCCAAUAGGCGAUGGGUCCUUCCAGGUGGCUGCGCCCAAGUUAUCGAAUGCUUUAUAAGACCCACCCUUUAAGAUCUGCUCAUUGUGAACUGAAUUUUUACCAGUUACAUAUCAAUAUUUUAGAUUUUUUAUUGUAGUAGUGUAUAUCUAGCCGGAUUCAUUUGAAAACGUUAUCGCCGACUGGACCAUUUGCGCCCAACAGCCGGUUUAAUUUUCUCCGCCAAAAACUAUCUCUAGAGUAGCUAUUAUAAAAACUACGAGCGUAGCCAUUGCUUUUUUUCUCUUCUCCUCCUUUCCUUCUCCUCGCUGUUUCUUUUUCUCCUUUCCUUCUCCGUCGUUUCUGUAAUUUUGGAGCAUCUCGGACUUAAGAAACCUGCCUUUUGACACCUUUUCACUCAAAUGACUACAAAUUUCGUUAGUUUGGUUUUCAAAAAAAAAGUUAGAUAUAUUUCUGUCAUAUUUUGUUAUUAUCAUAUCAUUAUUUGUUUUCGUAUUGUAAAUAGAUUUUUAAUGUUUUUAUUACCUGUUAGUGUAAGGCGCGUUUAAUCAUUGUUAUGGAUACUUGCGCAGUCUAAGUGGAUAAAUUAUUAAUUAAUAUUGAAUAAUAAACAAUCUUUAAUAUUUAAGUAUCAGAACAAUGAGUAAUAUUUACAGUUUCAAAUUAUAUUGUAUUGUUUACAAAUUAAAAACUAAAUAUAUGUCCACGGUAGAAAGCUAUUUACAAUUGUGAAUAAUUUAAAAGUGGGAAAAGGAAAAUCAAGCAUUACUAAGAAAAAAACUAUAAAAAAAAAUCUAGGCCUAAAAUUAUGAGUGCACAUGUAGACCAGCUACAGCAAAAGUGAAGUCUUCUGAGACCUCUCGUGAUUUGAAUGGAUAUCUAGAACCUCUGACGCAUCUGUGUACAGUUCUUAAUAUAGCAAAUGAGAGCUGUAUUCGAAGCCAGGAAAAAAACGCUGGCGUAGUGUUCAUUGUUCUUAGUCGAAAGCUUAUUUGCGAGAGUUCUUAAAAAGUUCUGACAGUCGAGUCCCAUGCCCCCGUUUGUACCAAACACCAGUGGUGUAAAAGUUCCCAUCUCUACAUCCAUCACUCUCUGGUUGUAUUUCCUCUUCUUCUCGUUUUCUUGCUCUUUGAAGAUCGUAGCUGUGUACUUGCCCUGGUUGGAGCGGGAGUUAACAUGCGUUACACGUACGUCAAAGAAUGCCGUUACUCCUAGUGUCCAAAACCUCCUGCUUUCAUAUCCAGCCUUGCUUCUCGACUUAUAACAGUGGACUGAAGGUUGAAUACUUCAUUGUCGAGUGGUUGCAGGAGUGGCUCUGUCUCCACGUUUCUGCACACUUUACUGAUGUGUGAUAUCAGAAGAUCUCGGAUUGUAUCAUGUCUCUGAGCUACAAAACCUCCCUUCUUACAUGACAACGCAUGGUUGACAGUAAACAUUUCUCCACAAGCACAGUAAUUAGGGAGAUUAGGCACAGGGAGGUUGUAGCGAAGGCAAAGGGAGUCCCUAAACUCCUGCUUCUUCAAAGCCAGUCCGUGUUCUUCGAUUGGAAUAGCGUUCAGCCACGAGCUGACACCCUUGUCCCUUGUCUGCUGCACCGCUUGGAGUAGAUCAGGAGAUCAGGAUUCGUCAAUCCUGUCAAUCCGGGACUUUGCAGCGGCCCUCCUUUUAGCAUUGAUUUCACACUUCCUUUCCUCCAUCAGCCCUCGUGCUGGAAUGGUGGAGCUUUGAUAUUUAAUUUUGAAUUGACGUUUGAUAUUUAAUAUUGAAUUCACGUUUUCAACACGUUUAGGAAUUUAAAAUAGUAUUCAUUGAAGUAGACUCAGGUUAACCUGGUACUUGUUGUAGUUCUGAAAAAUGUGUAUUAACGAUUGUUAUUAACGAUUUUGAGAACAACGCAAGAAAAUAAAAUUUUAAAGUGUCCUUUUCUCUUGAAGCUGUCAUGUUUUUUUUAGGCCUCGGAUUCCGGUCUUAGGCUGUUUCCUAACAGUUUUUUUUGUUUAUAUCUCGUAGGAGGAUUGACAGGCUCAGCUAUUGUGGGAAAUGAUGUUAGCUACUUAACAUAUUUGACCACUUGGCUCAAACCAGUCUCGAGCAAAUCUUCACGAUGGAGACGCUGUUGGCGUGCGUCCGUGGACGGCUGGGCUGCCAGUACUUUUCACGGCCGAUGCGACCAUAAAGGACCAACUGUAACAAUAAUAAGAGUCGGGGGGAAGUACAUAUUUGGAGGGUAUACCAGCCUCUCUUGGGGUAAGUGGAAUCACUUUCGUUACGGCUUACCAUCAGACAUUUGUGAAUUAUUAGGAGCUUAAGCAACGACGACGGGGAGGCCAGCGAAAACAUCACUUAGGGCCUGUUUAGGUGGAGGUGGGAGACCCUAGGUAGGUGAGGUACCCCCCCUUCCAACAGGCCCUUAAAAAUUGCAUUCAGGCUGCGUUUCAAACUUUAUUCCUAGUAUCGCCCUUAUUCCAUCUCGUUCAAUUUGCCAAAUGUUGGCAAAGUUCUUUUUUCGGGGUUAAAUUCCAAAGCUCCCCGUCAAAGUUUAGAAAAAGGAAUAAAAAUCGUUGUCUUACGUUCAGGUACUCCUUGGAACGUGAAAUUAGGACGUUUCACGUCGUAGUCGUGCAACGUCAUGGUAAAUAAUUUUCGUUCCGACUCGUUGCGGUAGCUGUCAUCCUUGACGGCCUUGACGGACAACGAUCAAUUAAAAUAAAUAAGGAGGGGAACGAAAUUUUUUUAAGCUCAGUUUUUUUUUUUUAAUCCCCGGCAUUUCUCUUAUUAUCCUUUUUUUUUCCAUCACAACGUAAUGCACAAGUUUUUUUUUCUCUUGUUGCAACAAAUUUGGAAUAUAGAGCAGGAGAAAGACAGAGAAAAAGAGAAAGUAGGCGGCAGGCCAGCGAAGCUCAACGAGAAAAAGGGCGACAGAGGUCUAGAGCGAGAGAUAAAAAACAGAGGAGACCUUUUUUUUUUGUUGGAAGAACAACAUGAAAAUUUUGUAGCGACGGUGACAAAAUGGGAAAUGCCAGUGGCCACCAAUGCAAGGUGAAAAUGAGCGGGUAGUGAAAAAAAAGUUCAACGAGAACACGUACGACAUUUCCUCCUCCAUAAAACGUGUAACCAAGAAGUUUCUGCAAGUUUCACGUUGUAGUGGUGCAAAACAACGGCAAAGAAUGUACAAAAAGAGCGCAAAGUUGCUAUUUUUGCUAAUUAGACCGAUUGCUAUUUUUCACCGUUCUCCGGCGUUGCCUUCUCGCUUAGCACUACACGAUUUUAUAUUUUGUUUGAACAAACCAGGGGCGGAUCUAGGGGAGGGUGCAGGGGGUGCGCCCCCCCCCCCGAGAUGACCUGCGGUUUUCUAAUACAAUUGGUAUUCUGCAAAAAAAAACUAUGUGGUUUAUUGGUGUUGAAGUAGAGCAAGAGACGAGUGCACCCCCUCCUAAAAAAAAUCCUGGAUCCGCCUCUGCAAACUAUAAAUAUUAUCGAGAGCUUCGCUUUUGACCCUGGCUAAAUCUAUCUACUAUUUAUAUUUACCACUAAAACUCUAGAGGGAAAUAACAACGGAAAAUUUUAACAAAGGUCACACGAAGCCGUUCACGCUUUCCCUUCAGUGAAAACUGCGACAAUUUGUCCUGCGACUUGCUAAGGGAAAGAUGCAAAUACUGGACAAAAAUUGCAAUGCAAAUUCCCACCCUUGAGUUUGGUUCAUCAAAAUGUAAAUUAAUGACAAUAUUCGCACUGAAUCAAUGUACUAUUCAUGCUAUUCAUGGAAGUAUGUAUGGUCCGCAUUAGUUUGGGAAAAUUAGCCUAACGUCAAAAGAGUAAAUGUAAAGCCGAAUUUUUGGCCGGUUUGUACACUAGUAGGUUUGUCUUGAAAUUUCAAGGUGUUGCAGUGAAUCAAUCUCAAUAUUGAAGAUUAUUUGAUGAGGUUGAAAAAGAAUUCUGUCGAGCCGUUCUAUAGAGAGAUACAGAAAAGAGCUAAAAGUCAAAAUUUAGAAGAAAAUUGCACUUAAACAGGUAGUGAGAUAACUGGUUAGUUUUCAGGAUGGCAUGAAAGAAAAUACGCCAAAAUUUCCAAGCAGCAAAAUAUGAUAUUAAACAACAUUCUGAUGCUACUUAAGACAAAUUUAUAUUAUUUACAACCCUUUUUACUAAACAAUUUAUCUCGACUAUUGAAAAUAUAAAGUUUGUAAUAUAUUUACGUUUUAUUUGAAAUCAAAUAUACAAAUUUUUUUAUUUCUUACGGAGGUUAUUUGCUAAACGCCACAAGUUCCUGGUGUCGGAUUUUCAGUAGCAGGCCUAAAUCGCUGAAAAUUCGGCUAUUAUUGAUUUCAUUUUUUUUGUGUAUUGUUGCCAUAGUGAUAUCGAUUUUACUUAAAAAGUCCAAAGUCAGUAAGUGUUGAAAAUUUCAUAGCCAUCGAACAAGGAUAAAACGACUUUUAAGGCGAUUGAAAAAUAUCGGUAUGGUCUCCGAAAAAACUGUACCGAAACACCUUGAGUGACAACCCCAUACAGGGGACACAAAAUUUGGUCCGGGAAAGACGUCCACAUGAUCUUUAUAUCUGUUACCUAUAUUGAAGGGACACCUCUAUUUAAGGGAAAGGGACAGGUUUUCUUGGUCCUGAAACCUGGGUUUAACCUCCAUUCAGGGGACACCUUAGCACUCAAAACGUGACUGACCACAAAGAAGGUUGAUAUCUUUAAGUGUACACUAAUGACCAUGAUGGCAGCUUUCACAAACUGAACUAUCUCAUUUACAUCGAUAUACUGCAAUAUUUUCUUUCGUCUUAGCUUUUUAAAUAAGAAGCAGUUUCUUCCUUCCAAAAGUAAAUACUUAAGUAAGAAUAAAAUUAGUUUUAAAAUCACACUUUUCAUCGAUCUUUGCUAAGGAACUUAAUCUACUAUUAUUAGUUAUCAGUAUAUUUUCUUGUGUGUAUGAAUUCGAAUUUUUGAACGAAGUCUGUACAUUGGUCAUCUUUUUCAUUUCUUAUUUUCCCGACAGGUUACCGCUGCCAUUUUCAUUAUGAUUCCCAGGCAUUCCUUUUCUCGCUGGUGAACAAGCCAGGAUGGGCACCUCUGAAACUGCCUCAGACAGGGACAUAUAGUUAUUACAACAGCCAUUCAAUAUACGACUGCUCGUCUUAUGGACCUACUUUCGGUGGAGGCCAUGACAUUACCAUUUUCGAGUCAUCUAGUAGCAUUUUCUAUACCAACCUUGACUAUACUUACAGCACACCAAGUGGGUACAGCUAUGGAAGCACCUUCACCCAGACAUUUCUGGCAGGCACUUAUUAUUUUACUCCAGACGAAGUAGAAACAUUUUACGAAACAACCUAA